CCUGAGCCGAGGCUUCGGAGUGCGCGGGGCGCGGGGGCGCGGGGCGCGGGGCGCGGGGAGCCGAGAGCCUUCGCGGAGGCAGCGCGGGGAGCGCGCGGAGCGGGCGCCAGUCUCUGACAGGGCGCGACGCGAGCCGCGCGUCGUUCGAAUUGUGAAACAUGUCCGCGAACGGGUCGGCGGCCACGGAGCCGCGGCUCUGCCACGUGCGGAAGACGCCUGACUUCGACGGCUAUGGGUUCAACCUGCACGCCGAGAAGGGCAAGCCCGGCCAGUUCAUUGGCAAGGUGGACGAGGGCUCCCCGGCGGAGCACGCGGGGCUGAAGCGCGGCGACCGCAUCCUUGAGGUGAACGGGCACAGUAUCGCUGGGGAGAGCCACAAGCAGGUGGUGGCGCGCAUCAAGGAGCGGCCCGACGACGCCGAGCUGCUGGUGGCGGCGCCCGCGCCGGGCGAGCCGGUGCCGGACCUGGACGCGCCCGCGCCCGAGGCGGCGGCGCCGGACAGCGCGCAGCCCGCAGAGCCUCCGCGGCUCAACCUGCAGAUGACGGCGGCAGAGAUGCGCGCGCACCUCGCCGCCAAGAAGAAGUUUGACCCUAAGAAAGUGCCCAUGGACCUCAAGUCCAAGUUUGACAUCGUCAAGAAACUGUGAUGUGUGUGUUGUGAGGUCGCGUGCCGGUGUUGUGGUGCAGUGCGGAGGGCGCGGCGCCGCUGCCGCUCCGCGGCGCGCUGUUGCCAGCCCGCGCCGAGCGCGCAUGAAUUGGAACAAUGACAUCGACGGCGACGCAGGCGCAGGUUGUUCGUGCACCGGCCACCUCCCGUCUUGUACAAUUAAUGUAAAUUUGUUUUACCACGUAAAUUAUGUUAUAUAAUUUAUAGCGUUCUAUAAAAAUUGCCAUUGAAUUGAAUAAAGUGUUGUUGUAUAUAUUUACUAGCCUAGUUGCCUAGCCGCUAUACAUACGUUUAUAGUACAUAGGGAUGAACCACUGUGUGUAAUUUAUUUUACGAAUUCAAAUUAUUUUGAUUUUUAGUAAUUGAUUUAUCUAAAUGUGUAGCUAGAGUUACUCACGUACUCGAGUGUGAAUAUUGUUUAAUUUUAUUAUCAAUAAAAUGAAUUGAAAAGCAACCUGAUGUGUCAUCCUGGCUCAGUCAGCCGACGUGUCCCCGAGCUCACUCAUUGUACAUUCCGCGUGAAGCGACCUGACAGACGGCAGAGCUCCUAUUUACAUAGCUGGCGAGUGGUCACUGGGCGAGCUAACAUGUGUAUGUGUUUGCUCACCUCGUUAUAGCUAUACGUACGCACUUGCCAAUAUUUUGACACCUAUAUUUUUUUUGGGUAGCCACUCUCCGAACAGAAUCUGAUGAUUAGAGAUAACUUAGAAACCAUAAAAACACAUUAUACUUCCUGCCGCACGAUGGUGUUG